CGUGCGCAUUCACGCUUUCGCGCAAGCUUUGCAUUUGUAGCGAGGAGGGUACCAAUCAAUGCUGGAGCAGAAUGAAUGGGAGAGAUUAGAUCAGUGUGUGACUUUUAGACGAAUUUGUUUACACUUCAAGGUCAAGUAGUCAGCAAAGCUACAAUACAACCACCGUGGUGUGCACACCGUAGAAGUGUUAAUUCAUCAUAGAGCAUAGAGCAAGGACCAGAGCAAGGUCUAUCUUGUUAUAAUAAUGUAAACUGACUGAAACUGCCAUGGCCUACUGCUGUACAUGGCUGUACUAGCUAAGCUUAAAUCCUGAAAUAGUUUGCAAAUGGAAGUCGUAAGUAAGUCAGUGCGUGUAGAUGUUGGCAGGAUUCAAACUGUGACUGCAAUUCCAAUGAAACCUUCUCAUUCGUGCUUCCAAGAACAGAUUCUUUAAAUCCAACCCUUCUUAUCCGUGUAAAAAGUCAGUUUUACUGGCAAGAUCUUUUCGAAUGUUAAAGCAAUAAACACCUCUAUAGUGUGUGCUUGAAACACAUCUUGCACACAGUCUAGGCCUACAUGUUAAAAAAAAAAAACAAUUUCCACCAACAAUAUUCGUAGAACAGUGGUCAGGAAAACAAACUGAGUAAGUUUUAAAAAACAAAUUCAUCUAAGUUGUCUUCCCAUCCAUCGUGAGCUUCCAAACACCUACGUGGAUACUCGCAAACAGACUCCUGAACUACAUGAUACAAACAAAUAACUUUGAAGGCCUUGUUGCAGUGUAGUUCAUGCUAUUGUGUUGGGGGUGCAGAGCUCGAAGAGGGAUUGUCAUCACCUCACACUGUUCUAGCCAGUCAUGGUUUGUGAGCUGUAGCCACAGGAUCAUCAGAUACAAUGUUCAAGAAACUCAAGAAAGGACGGGAUAAGGAGGGAGAAUGGGGUAAGAAUGAUGACAAGUUGAUCCAGGCUGUAGAAGCUGGGGACAUUGAGAAGCUUCAAGCAGCCUUAGCCAAGAAAGGAACCUCACCAAUCAAGAUGGAUCCAGACGGAAGAGUCCCGUUACAUCUGGCUGCUGAGCUGGGUCAAUUUGGCUGCCUGGAUAUUAUGAUUCAGCUUGGGACGACUGUUGCUGCUGCAGACAGUCAAGGCUGCACAGUGUUGCAUUAUGCAGCGAUGGGCGGCCAUACAGACUGUGUGCAACGUCUUGUUCAGGCUGGGGCACCGUUGAAUGCCAAGGAAGUCACAGGGAAGACUGCUCUCCAUCUAGCUGUUCUUGGAGGCCACUCGGACUGUGUGAAGAUUCUUCUGAAGGCAAGAGCUUCUGUCGACACAUCAGAAGAAUUUGGGCGUACAGCGCUAAUGAUGGCAGCACAACUGGGGAACCUUACUAUCUCGAAAGAUCUUAUUGAGAAAGGAGCAAGAGUCAAUGAUCAAGACCAUCUCCAACGAACCUCACUGAUGAUUGCCUGUGAGCAUACCCACAAGGAUGUUGUUGAUUUAUUAGUAAAGAGAGGAGCUCGUACCGAUCUGAUCGAUGCUCAGGGUUAUGAUGCAGCUUACUAUGCUGAGGAGACCGCUGAUCAAGACUUGAAGGAAAGUCUAGAGUCGGCACCUUCAGUGGCAACAUGGGACGUCAAGGGUGCGGAUGAAGCAGAUGAUGAGCCUAAAGCAGACUCCAUUGAUUAUGUGGACCAUUUUGAUGCUAAGAGGUGUGACUCUCCCAUCCCAAUCACACCAAGACAGCAGAAUGGCAAUCUUCAUCAGAUGACCGUGUCGAAUCAGCAUGUCGCUAACACGUCACCCUCAUCAGCAAAGUUAGCUCAACAUUCAAAAGAAAUUAAGGAGAUGGAGGAGGAGAAUGAAGUUCUUUAUGAAGAGCUGAGUAAAUUAACUUUGGAUCAUAAGAAAUCAUUAGAGAAGAUGAAAUCACUGGAGCAUCAGCUACAACAAGCCAGCAUGGGUCAUGGAGACAAUCUCAGGAAUCAGGAAUUCGAAGAGGAGUUUGAGAACAUGAAGCGAUAUUUGCAGAUGGAGAAAGAUAAAAGAACAAAAGCUGAGGCCGAAGUUGAUGUCCUCAAGGCACGUCUUGUGUCAGGCGGGGGAUCUGUAACUGAAGAUGACACUGAAGUUGACAGUAACUGGGGAGACAGUGACGAUGAUCUCUUUGAUCUUCCAGGAAUUGGUGGGUCUCCAGUAAAGGUCAAACCAGCCAAGAGGAUGGAUACGGCCCAUAAAGUUAACGGUGAAAGUACUGGACUAGUGGCCAUCUUACGCAGCCAGAUUGUAUCCCUACGCCAAGAAAAUGAGGAGCUGAAGAAGAAGUCCAACAGAAAUACUCCUUCGGAAUUUGACAGCAGUCGAGUAGCUGAGCUUGAGGAUGAAGUAGCUUCGCUAAGGGAGGAAUUGGAGGAUGUUGAAGGGCGUGAUGUAGUCUCAAUGGACGACUACAAUGAGCUGAAGGAAACUAACAGACUAGAGAUGGCAGAACUUAAUCAAAACAUUAAGAUACUGAUGGAUGAGAUUGCUAACAUAUCACAAAGGCUUGCCGUAUCCACAGAUGAAAAUGAGAGACUGAAACGAAAGAUUGCUCAAGACGGAAGAAAGACCCCUACCCCUAACCACACCUCGUUGAGUAACCUCCAGAAUCAGUAUGAUGACCUCCUCCAGCAGAGAGAAGACCUUAAGGACUCCAUCAAUAAACAAUCUCAAGUCCUGUCCGAUCAGGCGAUUGAAUAUGAACGCUUGAAGGGCAAGCACGAAGAGGUCGUCGCUGAAAACAAGCAGCUUGUGAAUGCGCUGAGUGAACAAACAGUCAAUGGCACGACAUCGGAGGAGUCUGAAGUUCUCUCUGCUGAGAAUGCCAGACUGGAGAGAAUGGUUGCCAAACAGUCCAAAGCAAUCGCCCAGCAGAGUGAACGGGGGAGACGAGAUAAGCAGAAGUACGCAGAGCUCGUUGCAGAGCGGGAUCAACUCCGAAAGGAAAUGAAAGGAAGGACAAACGGCAGCUAUGACAGUCUUGAUAAGGACUCUUACGACGACCUCGUCGAUGAGAACCAUAGACUAAAACACAGCAUUAAGAUGCACGAGGCUAGCCUUGCCAGCAGCCCCGAUAAGAGUCACUGCGAUCAACUAACCAAAGAGAACUGGAGGCUUCAGGACGAAGUCCGAAAACAAGACGACGAGAUGAUCCAGCUACGGAGAGAAGUUAGGAACUCACAGAAAAAUAAAAGCAAUGGACAGACGGAAAAAGAAUCCACAGAUAGCAGGAUACUCCAGGAGAAGAUUAAGCGACUGGAAGGGGAUGAUCUUCAGAGGAGUGAAGAGGCCAGGAAGUUCACCGAGCUGGUCGCUGAGAACCUUCAGCUUCAGAACACUGUCCGUGAACAGGCAGAGCUCUUUGAGAGCCAGUUGCCUGCCUCGAUCGGGUUUAGUAAGAAACGCUACACUGAGCUCCUGACUGAGAACAGGAAACUGAAAGCUCAGUUAGCUAAGGAGAGCCCCGACAGGGGGAUGAGAAGUAGAAGUCAGGACGACUUGGAGGUGGUCAGGAGGGAGGUUGAGACGCUUCAGCAAAAGGUACUGGAGAGCGAUUCUAAAUACAGGCACAUUGUCACCGUGUACAGGUCACAUCUACUCAGUGCCAUACAGGACAGUCUCGACCCAAAAGUCAAGGAAUCGCUGUUAAAAAUAAGCAAAAUACGCAAAGGAGAAGAGUUUGUGUGAGAGGCCACCUUACCUGAUGCAACAAAUUUACCCCACCUGAAUUAUUUUAAUUACCUCUUUAAGGUGUAUUAAUCUUCUGAAUUUGAAAUUCAAUAUUAUUUUUUACUUCCACCACUUUCAACUCAUUCGUGAUUUUUUUAUGUGGCUUAUUACUUGACCUCAGAAGUGGUUGGUUCAAAACUUUUGAGCCAAAGGCUUCAUGCCUGAAGCCUUUCUCGGUUUCAAAUGCUCUUUACCUAGUAGGUUUUUAUGUCCAAUAUUUACCAAAAGUAUUCCCUGUCGUUAACAUUAUUCAAUCCUCUUGAAGACGAUCAGAGCAUACUGAUCAAAACGUUGAGUUGUCAACCACCAAUUCUCUUCAAAAUCCACACUACUCAAAAGAGAUUUACACAUGGUGCUACUGCAAACCUCAUUUUGGUUAGACUGUUCCAAGUUAGAACUUUUCUGAACUUUGAACAACUUAUUCCAAUAAUUACUGUUUGCAAAAGGAAAUGCCCUUCUGUUCUACAAAGUUUAACUGGAAUAUUGUUUAAUAAAAGAUGUUAAUAGAUGUUAAAUAUGUUUGCUAAUAACCAUAAUUAAACCUUGAAAAAGGCGCAGCAGAUUGUGUUCAUGACACUACUAUGCAAAUCAUGUCUGCCUGUUUACAAGAUGGUACACUGUACAGUUUUAAAGUUAUUUAUUUUUUACACUUCCAGAACAAACAACAAAUUUAUUAUGCGGAAAUAAUCCACCUGAUGUAAAUAUAGCUUCAUGAAUCCUGCCAGUGAGUCAUCGUACAUUAUAUAUACUUGCUUAAUGGAUUAAUUUUUUAAUUUCGUUCAAAUUAUGGUUAAGCUUAUUUGUAUGAUUGAUUUGUAUUCAGUGACAUGAGUGAUAAAGAGAAAGAACAAUGUUUUCAGACAAAUUGUAUUCCGCCAAACUUUUGGUUGGUGAAAAGUAUUGUAAAGAACCGUUGAAAAAGUCCGAGCCAGAUUCAGUAAAAAUGUUUCAUAUAUUUGUGUGCAACUUUAUUGUACAGUCACUUUCGAUUUUCAAAACAGAUUUUGGUCAAACAGAAAGGUCAAACUAAAAAUUUUGUGAUUCUGUACUCAUUUUCCAAUAUUCAUCAAGUGAGUGGGACAAAUGUCUCUAAAAGCUUUGAUUUAAAAGAGCUUUGUUACUUUUUCUUCCAGCACUGAACAAAUUAUCACCGUCCUGCUCACUGUCUUCCAUCUUUUCCACUUCUUAUUCAUGAGCUUCAAUGUGAAAUGUUUGAGGUUUCGCAACAUGAAGUUAGACUGAGAUUUUUAUCCGAUAAAUCUACUCCGCGCUAGUAGAAUAAAGAAAGACAGUUAUUCUAAGAACAAACUCUACUUGGCAAAUAACAACACAUGGUGUUACCGCAAACCAAAUAAUAUACAUGUAUGUAGAACAAAUAUGUUGUAAAUUUGAAACUAAAUUCAAUGACAAAACAUAAAUAAUUUAGUUGUUUUUGUCUUGAUCAAAAGGUGCUUGAACUCAUUUUCAAAUUGUGACAAUCUUUGUUGUAUUUAUUACUGAACUACCUACCUACUAAAUAUAGUCUAAUAUGUGUAAAUUAUUGUAUAUUUUGUUUAAAUUAACUUGUUAUGGUUUGAAUGUCUUGACUUAUACCUUGAUUUUGCAUCCACCCUAAAUGAAAUAAGAUGUUAAUUAAUCUGAUUUGGUAAUUACUAUAAUUAACGAAAACUAGAGUUUAAUGGUAUAAAUGAAAGGGGUUCCUGCACAAUAAGUUUUCCAAUCAAAAACCUCAUUUUAAACCUGUUAGUAUUUGUAGUUCAUGUUCAGAUAUUUUACAGAUACUUACCGUAAAAGCUAAUGUAGAGUCUAAUACAUCUAGAUGCACACAACUAUUGACUCAAAACACUACAUGUAUUAUUAAGAUUAUUCAAUACUUGUGUACUUAUUAUUAGUAGCAGUUGAAAUUUUUAAUUUUUGAGUUACAAUCUGGUAUAAAGUUUAUGGUCUAUGAUCAGGCUUGUGGCAUAAUAAUUGCUACAGUAUUCAGUUAACAAUUUUUGUUUUCCUUGGAAAUUUCAAAAAUUCUUCAGGUGCUUUUAGGAAAGAUAUCGCAACCGCUACUUUAUGUAUUCUUAUUUAUCCAUUAACUUUUUGGGGCAAGCAAUACCAGUAUGUCAUAACCAUGGGUGGUUGGUGAGGUGGGGGGGGGGGGCAAGAAAACAAAAACAAACAAUGAGAGCGAAGUUUGAUGUGGUUUGUGAUAUUUUUAAGGUUUCAAUCCAUUCCAAUGUAACCCUAACUCACUUCCGAACUCUAACAAAAUCUAGAAGUAUGGUGAACCAACAUCCAAACCAGUGGACUCUGAUUAUGGUGGUAUGCCUCAUCAAGUAUUAAGCAUGAUGAUUACUCGAGCAGUCUACAUUUUUUUAAGGUCAUUGUAAACCACUUAAGUUUGUACAAAGAAAAACAAAAAACAGAAACCACCAAACAAAACUAGUGCUUCAAGAUGAGUAAUAUUUGUUUUUGCUUGAAGUGAAAAUGUGUUGAUUUUUAUGCAUGCCGUUGGUGCAUAUACAUGUAUUGCAAAUUAAAUAAGUAUUAACAAGUAAACAAGACUGGGUUUUAAUUAUGUAGAUGUAUCUGUUUUGUGUCCGACACUUAUUUGUGCGCUUCUCUAUUUAUGAUCGCUGUUAAACUUGAUACUUCAUAGGGAAAAGAGGUACCUCUCGAUUGGUAUCCUCAUAUGGAUUUCUUUAUAACUCCCCUGUGCGUGGAAGGAGGACAACAUUUUGUUUCAAGACAACCGAGUGUGAAAUUGAUAAGUUUUCUGCCAUUCAUUAUAGUCUCCAUAGGACGGUUAAAUUCUGCAUGGGAAUGGAAAAACAUCUCUUUUGGGGUAACUCUAGCAACAAAAUGCAACAGUAAAGGCACCUUUUUUUUCAGGAGCCAUUGUAUUGCUUACAGCCUUUCAUUACUUGCAGCCUUUCGUUACUGGAAAAAAAGUACUCUGCCAUAUCAUUGUGAAUGCUAUGUAAAACAUAGAGUCGGCACAAAUUGGUAUGGCAUUAUUGUCAACUCAACUCAUCUGACUAUCCAGUUCAGGUUUAGCAAUCUCUUGUGGAUGCAUGUUCUUUACUUCCUGGUUUUGGUCUCACUCGGCUGAUGCUAGUGAUGCCUUGCUUUUUGUAUUAAAACCCAUAGCUUUUCUCAUGAACAUGAGUUCUAUAUUAACCACGUAUGUUCCAACAUCCAACUACAUUCUCUGUAUUGCUUUAAAGGGGAUUGUUUCAAUGUUUUAUAGUAGCAACAGCUCCCCAGUGCUUUUUACUAAGUAAGCCGAGUAUUUACCAAAGGUGUACCCUCCCUCUUAAAGGCAGUGGACACUAUUGGUAAUUACUCAAAAUAAUUAUUGGC